GCGCCAAUGUAUACCACUGAUUUGUUGUCUACAGGCCAGCUAACAUAUACAGCGCCGUUUACCAAUGACUAGCCCUGCCACCACCACGGAUAGCGCCAGGUCCAACGUCACCUUCAUCAGAAGGACCAUUGUGGCCAUCGUGUUCGUGAUGUUGGUCUCGCUAGGAUAUCCUUUGGUGAUGUCUACCACUACUGUGUACCGGGCGGAAUUACCAACACAAGAAGUCACGACGUUGGCUAACAAUUUCAAGCACGAGCUUCACUUUAGGAUCCCUGUGUUCCUCGACAUACCGAAUGGAUUGGAGCAUUUUAUCUCCAGUGCCCAAAGCUCGGUGGACGAGUACUUGUACGCAAAGCAUCCAGAGUUGAAGGGUUUCUGGGGGUUGGACCUCCAAAGGCUUCAGGGAGAAAAGAACGAGGAGGAAGACUACAUUCUUAGGUUUGAUAUCAUAGACAAAGAUGCCAACGAAGACGCCAGCGAGUCGUUUUUCAUCUCUCCAUUCAGCAGGGCUACCACGUUGGGUUUGACCACCUCCCUCAUUAAUGCCAACAAGGUUGACGAGUUCUUGCGCAUCAUUCUCCUCGACGAGAUCUUUGGCCAAGAGAUCCAACAAUUGAGCAACUUGGUGCUCGAAGCGCCCCAUCCAUCUCUGCAAACAGACGUGGUCAUACCCUAUUCUCCAAAGUACAACGUUGUUUUUACCCUUUUGACAGAAAACGGCAAAACAAUCGAGUGGGAUAUAGAAAAAGCAAUUGACUUGUUCCAACCAGCUUUCCACAAGCUUCAGCAUUUCACCAACUUUUCCAUCAAUACUCAGAUCCAAUACUACUCAAAACCAUCUACUGAGAUCGCUUUCAACGAGGAACAAAACUCGUAUAUUAUCACCCCAGAAAGUUUGUCUACAUUCAUAAAUUUUGGAGACUGGAACUUAAUCACUCAUGACAUUUUGCCCACCAUCAACUUUUUGGUGUUCUUCCCAGAAUCAAAUUACGAUGGAAUCAAGACAAUUAUCGACAAGUCUUCCACUAACUCAUUCUUGGUUCCUCAAUGGGGAGGUGUGAAGAUUUUGAAUAAAGAUAUGCCCAUCUUGAAAGACUCUACCGUUUCCAUUCAUGAGGACGAGUUAUUGCCCAUAAUGGAAAUCUUCACAUCUCAGCUCUAUCAAUUGUUAGGAGCGCCAGAGGCACCCAAAUCUCCUAAUAUCAGAGUUGACAUUUUGUCAAGAAUUGCAUUUGUGAAGAACAUUGGCAAAUCGUUAGAGACCCUCAAGUCCUUGAUCAAAUUAACCGAAUCGUUGAAUGAAAUCUCUGUCCCGGAAACAACUAAAAAUUAUGUCAAUUUAUCGCUUGAUGCAAUCAAGAAGUCAUUUGCAUACUUGAAUAAUGAGCAAAACUACGGAUUAGCAAUGUCUUUGUCUGCAGAUGCACUUAAGUUCUCAGACAAAGCAUUUUUUGAAAAGGAAAUGGUGCAACAAGCAUAUUUCCCUAGUGAGCAUAAGUUGGCUGUGUUUUUGCCAUUGCUUGGUCCCGUAGGAUCAAUAGUUUUCUUGGGGUUCUUGAAGGUGCUUCUGGAUAGAAGGAAAGAAAAGAGGGACGCGGUUAAGAGAGAGAAAACCGAAUGAUUGAUACAUCAAUUGUGCGUUUGUGGUUUAAUCAGGCCAAACAUGCUAGAAUCCUGUAUUUAAAAGUUACAUAGCAAUUCCAUUUUACAACAAUAUUCCAGUUCCGUUGCGGAUAUUCGAUUUAAUUGCUAAGUCUUUCGUGUCUACUAAACUUGAGACUUUCGGUUGUAGAUGUAGUGAUUCGGUAAUGCGAGG